GGCAUGAUAUGUAGAUUUGGACAUAGCGAAAUGAGAGAAUGUAAAUAAUUAGUUGAGGAUGAAAAGCGAAUACGUAGAUACGGUGUAUUUAGGGGCAUGCAGUGGAAGUAUUAGUAUAGCCUAGCCUAGCCUAGGACGUGGAUGUAACUCAGCCAUUACUGCUUCAAACUCAUACUCUCACACUUACCUAUGUGUCCGUCUCAGAUAAAGAGCUACCGCCUUUCUUUAUACUCACAAUCAUAAGCCAACAUAGCUAGAGACAGAAUUCUGAUAGUAUAUUAAUGUGGCAAACGGUAUGUGUGGGAUUUUCUGCUUCAAUUGGAUGGGUUACUUUGAUUUUAUGCAAUAUAAAUUAGUUGGAAUUGUGGUUUUAAAUUUUGUAGAUUUAUGUGUAGACAAUUAGUGGUGUGAUUUGGUGUUGUUGUUAUGGUUGGAGUUUUGAAAAUGUUGAUCUGAAUUGAUAUAGAGAUGGGGAAUGUAAAGGAGAAGGAUGUGAGAAGAGAAGUGGUUAGGGGUGAAGGUGCAAGUGUAAAUGCAGAGUCAAGUCUGAAGCUGCCUUAUAGAGCAGCAGCUGAUCCUGUGUCUGAAUUAGUGUGGUCGCCGCACACUGGCUUGACUCUCAAAUCUGCGAAUCCAGAUCUUAGGAAGCCCCUUCUCCUCUGGAAUGUGGGGCCGGGCCCAGCUGGAGAUGAAUAUGGAGAUGGAGAUGGAGAUCAUCAUCACAUCAUCAUUGAUCCUGCAGCUAAGGGGAAGGAGCUUGCUGCAGAAGCAAUUUCGGGUACGGGUAGCAGGAGGAGAUCAGAAGGUGAAGCUAUGAAGAGAAAGAUAUGCGAUGGAUCUUUGAUGAAAUGGAUAUCCAACAUCGCCACCAAACAGGAUUCUCUCUCGCCUCUGCCUCUGCCUCUGGGUAAAGGCAAGGAGAUAGUGGAAGAGAGCCCUAUGGCGAUGCCGAUGCCAAUGGCGUGUGUGUUUGCGAGGCGCCUCAGGAACAUUACGUGGGGCGCCCACCACUGCCCGACCGUUACAAAAUCGAAGAAGAAGAAGAGAAGAGAGCAAGUAAAUGAAGAAAUGAUGUUUGAUGCAAUCAGGAACUUGCGCCUCAGUCGUGCCGAUAUUAUCAGAUGGAUGAAUUCGGAGGCUCCGAUAUCCCAACUCAAGGGUUAUUUCGUGCGGCUGCGAAUGGGAAUGGGAAAUCAAUCCACUUGUUACUAUGUGGCUUGCAUAACAGGAGACGACGUCGCACAAAACAAGAGUAUCUGGGUGGAUGUUGGAGGCAUCAAAUCCUGUGUGGCCACUCAAUAUGUCUCUAACCAUCACUUUCUACAGGAUGAGAUUAAGGCUUGGUGGAGCAGAACCCUCCGCAGCGGCUGCACCAUUCCCUCCUUAGCCGACCUCAACUCUAAGUUCAACCACCGACAAACUUUUGGUUUUUAGUUGUUAACCCAUUUUCUGCCUUUUCUUUUCAGUUUAUAUUUAUAUAUACGUUGUGUGUACAAUUAUGGUAUCGUCAGUAUAUGCUCAAUUUGUUUUCAUCAAAAAAUAUUAGGCAAACUGCUUUGUA